AUCGUCUGCCAUUUGCCAAAUGUCAAUUGAAGUUGAAGAAAGAAAACAUGAUGUAUUUUAUUGUUUACAUGCCGCAUCAAAAAUUUUAAAAUGUUCGUUUUAUCAGAAAUGAAAGAUGUUAUCCGGGUUACUCCGGAUCAUUUCCACCAAAGUUUACCAGAAUCUAUAACAACUUUAUUGAAUAGAAAAUUAGCAAAUAAGGUAGUAUUAAAUAUAGGAUUAUGUAUAGCACUAUUUGAUAUAACACAUAUUGGACACUCAUACAUAUUUCCAGGAGAUGGAUCUUCUCAUACAGAAGUUAAGUUUAGGUAUAUCGUGUUUAGACCCAUAGUUGAAGAAAUUCUAAUAGGAAAAAUUAGGAGUUGUAGCAGGGAAGGAGUUCAUGUAACAAUGGGAUUCUUUGAUGACAUUUUAAUACCAGUAAAUGCACUUCAGCAUCCAUCUAGAUUUGAUGAAACAGAUCAAGCUUGGGUUUGGGAAUAUCCUAAAGAAGAUGGAGAGAAACAUGACUUAUUCAUGGAUUCAGGUGAAUCAAUAAGGUUUAGAGUGACAAGUGAAGCCUUUGAAGAAAGUUUACCAAACGGGCCGCCAGGCUCUGAAUGUGCAGUACAAACCACGGCGCCAUAUAGACUAAUUGGAGGAAUUAACGAACCUGGCCUUGGCUUGCUUACCUGGUGGGAAGCUCCAGAACAAGAUGAUGGUGAUGAUAAUGAGGAAGAACAAGAAAAUGAUUAAUAAAGUACUUAAUCUUUA